AUGCAUCAAGACCUCUUGUCGUGGGAAAUUAUCGAGUUCCCCGUGCUUCUGCUGAACGCACACACUCUUCAGGAGGUGGAUCGCUUCCAUCGUUACGUACGACCCGUCCACCAUCCCAAACUCUCGGACUUUUGUACUCAGUUAACAGGCAUCAUCCAAGAUAUGGUUGACUUCCAGGCUGAAUUUCCGGUAGUUCUUAAGGAUUUCGAAGACUGGAUUAAUGGACACUUUCCAACAGAUGAGGACAAGUCGUCUUUCGCUUUUGUCACCUGUGGGGAUUGGGACUUGGGACAUAUGCUCCCUCAACAAGCCAGUCUCGCUGGCUGCUCGCUGCCAGCCUACUGUCGUCGUUGGAUCAACAUAAAGCAGGCGUGUGCUGAAUACCUGGGUCGCAAUGUCGGUGGACUGUUGCCGAUGCUCAGGGCGCUGAACCUUCCGCACACUGGACGACACCACAGCGGAAUCAAUGACUGCUUAAACAUCGCGAACAUUCUGCGGUGUCUGGUUGCGGCCAAAGCCCAUCUUCGAUUCAGUGGAUGA